ACUGCCGCAGGGGUGAGACAAAGCCGGGCCUGGAUCGCUUGAACCUGUUAUUAUUUACACCAAUCACGUGGCAGGGUUGAUGAGGUACCUGCUUAUUGUGAACUUUACUUACAGCAUCCUCUUGCUCCUCCUGACCGGAGGGGAGAUCGGCGGAGGGGGGCUCGGCCGGGGUGUUGGUGGCGGCAUCCUCGCUGCCGGCGGGCUCGGACCCCUUGGCGGCGGUCUCGGCGACGGCGGGCUCGGCGGUGGCGGCCUCGGCGGCGGCGCCCUCGGCCCGGUGGGCUUUCUUCUUCUCUCGCUGCCUAGCGCGGCGAGCACGCUGCUUCUCCUAAUGAUAUUCAUUAAUAACGAUAUACCUAUAGUGGUGAACCACCUACCUUCUUGGCCUCGGCGGCGGCGGCCAGCUCCUCUGGCGUCUUAGACUUGAGCCCGGUUAGCCCCGUUGUGAAAUAUCGAGGGAACGCGCUUACCUUUUUGCCAGCUCGGCUGGCGGGCCUGGUGGUGGUGGUGUUG